ACAUCAAACUGAGUAAGAAGUAACCAAGCAAGUGGCGAUAUGGCGAGUUUAAGGAUGAUCUAUGCGUAUUUGUCGGUGUUCUUGAUGAGUAUUGCUAAUCAAAUCACCAACUGUUCUGGGAAUAGAUGCUUGUUGCAUGAGAAAGAAGCUUCCUUGUUCGUAUUUGGGGAUUCUCUAUUCGACGCAGGAAUCAAUAACUAUCUCAGCCCUUCUUUCCCGGCAAACAAGGCUAACUAUCCCCCAUAUGGUCAAACCUUCUUCAACUACCCAUCUGGCAGAUUCUCUGAUGGACGUAUUAUUCCAGAUUUCAUUGCUGAAUAUGCUAAGUUGCCGCUGAUAUUACCAUAUCUGCAUCCAGAUUCUGAACAUUACUAUGUUUAUGGGAUAAAUUUUGCAUCGGCUGGAGCUGGCGCUUUGGUUGAAACUUCUCCUCCAGAAUAUGUGCUAGACCUAAAUACCCAGGUGAGUUAUUACAAGAAUGUAAGCAAUGUAUUGAGGAAGAAACUGGGGAAUGCAGAAGCCAAGGCAUUUUUUUCCAAAGCCGUGCACUUGGUUAGCAUUGGAGCCAAUGACUAUGGAGCACGUUUCGGCUCAAAUUCAAGUGUGUUUCUUCGUUACUCUCAACAACAAUUCAUUGAUAUUGUGAUUGGAAACCUAACAACCGCGAUCAAAGAGAUUCAUACCAUAGGAGGAAGGAAGUUUGGAUUUGUUAAUGUGGGUCCUGCGGGUUGUUCUCCUGGAGCAAAAAUGAUCGUGAAUGGGACCAAAGGCGCUUGCGAUGAAAAGCUGUUAGAAGUUGCAAGGAUCCACAACGAUGAGUUCUCGAGAAUGCUUCUGAAGCUGGAGAAACAGCUCGACGGAUUCAAAUAUUCAGUGUUUGACUUCUACGAUUCGGCUCUUCAAGUGAUGAAAUACCCUUCAAAAUAUGGUUUCAAAGAAGGGAGUGUGGCUUGUUGCGGGGGUGGCCCUUACAGAGGAGAUAAUAGCUGUGGAGGCAAGAGAGGGAUAAAGAAGUACAAGUUAUGCAAGAAUGUCAGUGAAUAUUUGUUCUUCGAUUCUGCUCACCCAACUGAUAAGGCUAAUCAGCUUCUCUCUCAGCUGAUGUGGAGUGGGAAUCUCACAGUCAACAAGCCUUACAAUCUAAGACAACUAUUUCGAUUUUGAAUGAACAGAACAUCAUCCGUUUCCAGCUCUGUUAUUAGCUAAUCACAUAAAUGGCUCAUACGGAGCUUCUCUGUUCAAUAAUUGCGUGAAAUAAAUUCAGAGCUUUUUGCCCUUCAAUUUGUAUCUUCUUCCUCGGUAUAUCCCAUUCUUCAGAUACUGGACAUCAUCUGGAAAGUUUCCGGAAUCACGGAUAUCAAUGCAAUUAGCUCCAUAUGAAGUUACAUGAGUUUGCUGUCCAACAUGUCAGACAGAUGAAGAUAAUUGUAUCCAUGUUUUAUAGAUCAGAUUAAAAUUUCAUUAA